GCCACGAUAAGUGGUCACUCCGCAGUAAUUCCAGCCCAACGGUCGGCAGCACCAGCAUCAACGGUAGCACCACAAAGGACGUAUGGACCGACACAGACAAAGAGCACGACGAUUUGAUCAUGCACCAUUCGGAACGGUCGGAUUCGGGCGUCACAUCGCCCAACAGCCAUCACCACCUGGAAGAUCAACAAACCAGCGGAGUUCCUUCGCCCUGUUGUGACCUCUCGCUGCUGGACCAAAUCCCGACGGAUGAUGUGCGGAAGCGCAUUGCGACCAUGACCAAGCGGGCAUGUUACGACGAGGAGGACAAAAUGUGCCUACUGCAGAUCCUGUCGCUGUUGAACAACUUGGAAGCCCUGUCGCAGGAUCACGAGAUUGCGAGCGACGACAUGAGCCUGGAGCUCCCGGUGAAGUUCAGCAACUAUAGCUUCCCGGAGAGUCAUCCCCCAAAGUCCCUGACGGCAACAUCGACACCGUUCAAGAGUCAACAAGGCAAGAUGGUUGCGACGGUGCAGCCUUUCAGCAGCAAUGCCAACAACUCAGCCUCAAUGACAACCAGCAGUGAACCGAAGAGUAUCUCGAUCGCAUCGAUUGCGGAGACUUUUGGCGGUAUGAAGAAGUCGGCCAAGUGGGGUUCGACCAGCCUGCAGGAAAGUGGAGUGUUUGUGGACGAAAUGAUGGUCAGCUGCGUGGGGACUCAGACGGAGGUGGAAGAUUUCCCUUGUCUGGAGAAAACCAACGCGGAGCUUUGUGCGGAAAUUGAGAAGCUGAACAAAUUCCGGCAGAAAAUCGAGGAGUGUACGAUUAAACGGAACGGUAAGAAUCCAGUAGGAGUGAGCCUUUCGCUACCAGCGGAAUCUUGCGAACAAAGAAGACUGCAGUACUAUGUAAAUCGUAUGGAGCAACUGGAGAAUAAGGUUAAGGUUUAUGAGAGCAGCGGUGAUCAGCAAUUGCGGCAUCUAGCGGAUAGAUUGCAGCGAGAAAUCCAAUUGGAAAGUUGGAUCGAUCAGCUGAGUGAGAAGCUGAACAAGCUUGAAGACGAAAACGAGAGACUGGAAGAGGAGAGAUGUGAACUGGAAGAGAUCGAAAAUGACACUAGGCUACGGUUACAGCGCAUGGAAGUGGACUACGAGAUGAUGAGCCAGAGGAAUACGGAGCUCGAAAUGUCAAAGAGCUCGUAUCAAUCCAAGUACCAAGACGCCAGAGACAGCGUGAUAAAUCUCGAAGAGUUAGUGCAUAAAUGUGAGGAAAGGAUAUUCGUUCUUGAGGAAACAGAAAACGAACUAAAUGAUCGCAUCGAUCUGAUACUAGCGUUUAUUCCGGUACUGUUGAUGUUCAACAGUUGGCAGUUGCAAGAGCAGAUGGCAGCUACCCGGAAGCAGUACGCCAUCAACUCCAUCCCACCGGAGCAUAUCGAAUACUACGAAUCGACAAACGGAGAUUUACAAAUGAGACUGAACGAUCUGAUGAACCGUGAGAAGGAGCUCACCCAGAACAUAGCCGAGUUGAAUCGAGCUUACAAUGAAACCCUGGAGAAUGCAGACAAUCUCUGGGCCCAGAUGGAGAAAGAGUACAAAGACAAGAUCUCCAAGUGCGAGACGGUGGAAUCGAAUCUCAAAUCAAAAAUCGCUCAGUUAGAGGAGCGAUUGAGCAAGGACAGUGAGUAUGCUCACGAGAGGAUAUCUCACUUGGAAGAGGCUGAAAACAGUCUCAAGAACCGAGUAUCCAAACUCAACAAAGAAAACAAAGAUCUGGUUGCCAAGCACGCUGUGCUCCUAGAAGAAUACACCACAUUGAAGGACGAAUACCGGAAGCUGCAGAACUACCUCAAAGGAACCGUCGCGGAGAACAUCGAACGGGAGAAGCGCAAGAUCGUGGCGCUGGAGGAAGAGCUCACCUUAUCCACAUCACUCCUCCAAGAAGCCGAAGAGAAUCACAAAUCUGAGGUGGGACAUAUGCGUGGUAAGCUGCUCAGUGCCACCAAGGAGCUGAAUCACAUCGAAGUGACCAACAGCGAGCUGCGAGAAGAGGUCGAGACUCUAGAAUGUCGCAUCCGAGAGCUGUUGACUCUGAGGAAUUGUGAUGAAGAGCGAAUCAAGCACCUCACUGAGGAACUUCAAUCGAAGCAGGCUCAAAUCAGUCAGCUGCAGCUGCACCCGACUCACAAUAAUCACAGGGGUGGCUUCGGACGAAGCCUUGCACAAGAACUGGAACGACCUGUCAAAGGGUCAUACUCGAAGCUGGGAUACGAGAUUCACCCUCUCAACCGUAAAUUCCCAGGAGACAGCGAUAGCAGCGGAAGCGAGGACAAAGUGAAAUUCCCCAUCGCAAAAACAACUCCGGAAGCCAAAGAAGUCAAGAGUCUGGCCGAGACCAUUAUCAUUAAUGCCGAGAACCGAGGCAUUCGUGCGCCAAAGAAGUCGUUCGUCGAGGAGACCUUCUAAAGUGCCUUAUAGUAAAAUCAAUUAGCAGUUUGGAAGCACUCUAGCGAAAGAAAUCAACAUGGACCCGCAGUAGGCCAGAAAAUCUACAAAACAUAUACCGAAUAAUUCAUCACUCCGACGCACCGCAGCAGGCGCCGCCCCUUGAAGAAGAAAUUGAUUCUAGUCGUUCACUUUGUUUAUAUUAAUUUUGUACAUCAACCGACCCCUAGGUUAAGAAGACAACUGCCCUACGGUUUUGUCAUCACCCAAUCACAUGGCAAUUUCUAUUUAAAUAUCGCACGACCCCAUAAAAACUCGCCGCCCCUCGAAACAAACGAAACGAAUCACGACGAAAGGUUUAAUUUCGCGUUUUUGAAAUUACACUCCCCGAGCUUUUGAGUUUGUUUCGUUCUCAGCUGCCAAAAUUCGUACACUUGGUUUACAUCAUUAUUUCCCAGUUACACAAAUAAUUAUGUUAAGCUUGCACUUUACUUCGUACUCUUCGUUCUUGUUGUUUAGUUUUCGUUACCCUCCCCUGUACAUACCCGGAAGCCGUAAGUUAAUGAAUCUCCACACACACUAUCGAAUAGUUUUUAUUUUGUAGUACAAUUUACUUUGUAGUGAAUGCUGUUUCCUCUGAGGAAAGCUUCGAUUUUACUCUGUUUUUUUUUUUUUUUCGUUUACUUUCCGUUCUUUAUCAUAAUUUGAAGGCGUGACAUUUUUACUGAAACUCUUAUUUCGGAAGUUAACUCUCUAAACUAAAAAAUGUUAUUUAUUUCUUUUUUGAAAAAUUUAAAACCGUUAUUUUCAAUCUUAAAAGAGAGAAAUCCAUCUAACCAAUUGCAUGUGCAUGUUGGAAUGUAGAGUUCAAUCAUAAGAAGUGGAAACAUUGGCCACAAUAAUGAAAAAUUGAAGGUGAGCUUCCACAUUGAAAAUAUACUCAAAAACAGUUAAAAGGAAAAACAUGUUAGAAACAAAUCCCAAUGUAAUGAACACAUCAUCAAACAAUUGUAGAAACAGAACAUUAUAAUAUAUUGAGACUUAUUAGA